AUGGCUGCUAUAGCUCCUUCUGUCACGCAACCUUGUCAAACCUGUGGCACCACCAAGGACAAAAUUUAUAGCUGCGUCCAGUGCAACAACCUUUCGUUCUGCGACGGCUGUUGGUCCAAAUGGAUUCUUCACUUGCCGGGUCAAGUUGGUUGGGAUGGCAGGGCACAUGAAAGGUCGGACCCGUUGGUGGUGCUUCGUAUGCGUCAGAUCCUCGAGCCUGUUCGUUCUGAAACCGAACAUGAGGCUGAAUUGCGCGAUGAUGAAGAUACUUCAUGGUUUGGCUUUGGCCGCGAUGGUACCGGACACCCCGUUUUCCAUGACUAUGGAAGAUUUGCGGCUAUCAUGGCAGACUCUGUGAGAGAAGACGUCCCAGAGCGCCAUCCUCAACUUGCAUCCUUUAUUGGCGAGACUGGAGCUGGCAAAAGCACAAUAAUUAAGCUGCUCAUAGACCGACAGGAUCUUUCGUCCACAGAGGCUCCGAGAUACUACUCUCCGGUCACUUCCUCAAAUCAUGACCGUAUCCCUACAACGGGCGACGUUCAUCUAUACGCAGAUCCGUCGUCCAUACAUGCGAGCCAGCCGUUGCUGCUUUGCGACUGUGAGGGUCUUAGCGGAGGAGAGAUGCUGCCAAAGCAAUUGAGGAACCGAGCAGACGACCUUGCAAACGGCUACAAGACCAGUCAAUCAAGAAAGAUCGCUUGGGCAAAAACACCCAACACCAGAAAGAGGGAGUUUGCAGUUGCGCAACUCUACCCUCGCAUUCUUUACACAUUUUCUGAUGUCGUUGUCUUCGUGUUGCGAAACCCAAGAGCAUUCGAGUCCACUGUCCUGCCCAAACUCUUAAAAUGGGGAGCAGCAUCAAUCGACAAGUCGCUAAAUCAACCAGUACUUCCACAUGCAGUCAUCGUUUUGAAUGCCACAGAACCGGGCGUUGACGAGAAGGAAUGGGAUGUCGAUACGGCCACUCAAAUGCUCAUGUCUGAUAUUGCAGGUGCGGUUCACAGAGAGCCUGUUAUCCAAGACUACGUCACGCAAUGGCGCAAAAGGGGAAAACAUAUUGGCAGCACCAAAGAGCUGCUGGAAUGCUAUUAUGCAUCCGUCAGUGUCGUCAGAAUCCCCUACAAGGGCUCGUACAUGCUGAUGAAUGAUCAAUCUGGGAAGCUAGCGGACCUCAUUCGGGAUCGUGCUCAACUCUCACAUCUGAGGAAGAGAAAAGUACGCAUGCUGGCUACUCCGGAAAAGCUUCAAUUCUACCUUCAUGCUGCAUUCGACCACUUCACUACCGAUCUGGACACCCCUUUUGAUUUCAUUAAAGAGACGUUGCGACAUAGUCCCGUCUCGAGGAAUUUUGAAGGCAAUAUCUUGAAUCUGGCCUUGGCAAUCCGUGAUCGAGCAGCCAACAGCAAGGUCAAGAACAACGCAAAACAGAUUUUCCGCGCGAUGGUGCCAAUAAUAGCAUCUUGCGUCAUGUUCGACACCGUACGCCAGAAUCUGCUAGGCACAGCAUCGCGCCUAUUGGAUGACAGAUAUGCGAAGCCUUGUACCGCUGCCAUGCAGACGUUUGCAGACAUGCACUGGCCAUGUAGUUUCAAAAAUUCAGCCUAUCCUGGGAAGUCCGGACAAUGCUGCAACAUGAGGUCUGGCCACAACCCCAAGGGCCAUCAGAACAUCCAGGGCAAAAUCAUCGGCAAUGGAGAUUAUGAGUCUGAUCUUGAUCCUUCUGAGUUCGCUCCAACAUGGAAUCAUUUUAUAAGACAGAGCCUUAUCCAAUUGCAGUCGUCUGCUUUCAGACUUAGCCAGGAAUUUCCGGACAUGCCUGAAAUCCAAGUCGCUGCACUCCUACACCGAGAAAGACUCAAUGAACAGUACUCGAAUAUACUCGGAGCUGCAACCGACUUCAUCAGCUAUUCAGCCUGUCUCUGCUGCUUACGAGAGCUCCCAGAAUGUGCUCUGCCUUGUGGUCAUGUUCUCUGUCUUCCCUGUGUGCAAAUCUAUGGUACAAGGACGUCAAAGACGACCAUAGAAAUCAGCCGGUGCCCAUUGCACAUUCGAGACGUCAUAGCAAGCCCUCCAUGGAUUCUCAACAUCAAGCCUGAUCAUGCUGGUACCCGGACGCUCUGCCUUGACGGUGGUGGCAUAAGGGGGGUUGUCCAGCUUACUAUCCUCCGAGAAAUGGAGAAGAUCCUCGGGCCUGAGCUACCACUACAGCUGUUUUUCGACCUCAUAAUCGGCUCUAGCAUGGGCGGCAUAAUAGCGAUCGGCCUGGGAGUGAAGAAAUGGUCAGCCCAGGCCACCAUGGAAAAAUUUAAAGACCUUUGCAAGGAGGCCUUCAUUCCACGCGAGAUGAAGAAUGUUCCCGUUUUCGGCAUGAUCUCAAGCUUGUACCACGGAAGUCUGUACAAGACACAACCAUUCGAGAAGGCGCUGAAAAGGUACUUCUCUGAACAGCCCUUCUUUGGCGUGAGCACUAAUAGGUCACGUCACAAUGUGUCUCUCAAGGUAGCUGUCACGGCAUCUACAUUGAUUGAACAUCAGGCUGUGGUGUUCGCUAACUACAACCGGCCUGACCCUAUCCGUAUAUGGGAAGCUGCUCGAGCCACUUCUGCCACGCAACCCUUCUUCAAGCCGUUCCGCAAGGAAGAGACGGAUUAUGAAUAUGUAGACGGUGGCGUCCAUCAGACAUGUCCUAUAUGGGUUAGCCACCACGAAGCAAAGGCCAUAUGGAACGACAAACACCGGCCAGAUCUGGUUCUUUCCAUCGGCACCGGGCAAAAUGUUGGCGACAAGCGAGCGACCUCAAGCACAAUGCGCGGCAAUACCAACACACCUUCCUCAGAUUCUAUCAGAACUUCAAAUGCCGGAUACUUCUACCGUGAUCCACGAACACCAAUGUUAUUCUCCUUCAAUAACCCGGGCGCCGGUGCAGAGAGAUCUGAUGACCACAGAGAAGGCGAAGAGAUCUGGAAUAAAUACAUGUCACGGGGAUUUGUGGCAGAGUCUGACCGGUCAAGAUACAUGCGCAUGAAUCCCGAGCUCUUCUCGGAAUUGCCCAAGUUCGCCGAUGUGACGAAGAUGGAUGACCUCGAGCAACACACAGAAGAUGCGAUUCGACGAAACCCCGGUAUUGUGCUGGAAGUUGUUCAUAGAUUGGUAGCAAGCACGUUCUUUUUCGAGAAGGACGCAGGGCCUGUUAAGCAGACCAGCGAAGGUUACACAUGCACUGGUGCCAUAUACUGUAGAUUCAGGCUUGGAUCUUCCGAGCUCAAAGCCCUCGGAUGGCUGCUUGUCUCUACCUCCUGCCUCGAAGGCGAUUUCGAGCCGUACUUCCUGCUUGAGGAGGACAAGACACGCUUGCCUGCACGACAGAUUGUGCUCACUCAGACGAUCCUACAGGACAUGCAUUUCCACGGGCAUUUCGAGCUUGAACCUCUGACCAUUACCACACUUGACGAGACGUCCGAGAUCUCGCUCUCUCUCAUAUUACACCAGACUCCAUAUCCAUCCGGCAGUACAGUGCUACCAAUCAGUGGCUUUCCCAGACGCAUCAUGUCCGAGCCAGCAGGCAACGUGCCUGCUGGCUUCGGCGAGAUGAAAUCAGGUAUGUUCCCAAUCAACCCAAGCUCAUGUAAUAAAUUUCAUUCCACUGCACACCCACACAUACACGCCGCCGCCUCCAUGUAUACUCACGCAGUCAUCGUUAAGAGCAGGAGCCUGCCAAACCCCCAUUCUCACAAGGCAAAGAACGGGAUCUUUAACCAGUUUCUCUUUACGAAGAUCGCUCAUCCUUGUUCUUCACAUUCGGGGAGGAGAACUGGGGUACUGUAA